AGCAGAUGCUGGCAGUGUGUCACUGUAACACAUAGGCGGCCAGGCUUCAAUAGAGGGAGAGCAAUCCAGGAAAUUCUUUGGGGCUGGGCAGGGUCUUGGCUGCAAGUUUCUAACUGGAAAAUGUGAGACAGGCAGAGCAAGCUUCGGAGCUCAGGCCUUACCGGCUGGGUACAAGCAAAGUGUGUGAGGCUUCUUCCUCUCUGCUGUGUUGGCGGAGUGUUUGUUUAUGUCCGGAUACUGAAAGAUGCCUCAGGAACAGUAUGCUCAGAGGAGCACGCUCUCCAGCAGCGAGGGACCCCAUAUCUACAAGGUGGGGAUAUAUGGCUGGAGGAAACGAUGCCUGUACUUCUUCGUUCUGCUCCUCAUGAUACUUAUCCUGGUGAACCUCGCCAUGACCAUUUGGAUACUCAAAGUCAUGAACUUUACUAUUGACGGAAUGGGGAAUCUCAGAAUCACAGAGAAAGGUUUACGACUAGAAGGAGAUUCGGAAUUCUUGAAACCUCUGUAUGCCAAAGAAAUCCGCUCCAGGCCGGGGAGCUCGUUGUACCUUCAGUCCGAUCGAAAUAUUACUUUAAAUAUUCUCAAUGAGGAUAUGAAGCCUGUUACUCAGCUGGUUACAGGAUCAGAGGGUAUUCAGGCACGUGGAAAGAGCCUGGAGGUAAUGUCAAAUGAUGGGAAGCUUUUGUUUUCUGCAGACGAGAAGGAAGUGGUUGUUGGGGCAGACAGAUUGCGAGUUUUAGGAGCAGAAGGAGCAGUUUUCCCAGGAUCUCUGGAAACACCCUAUGUUAAAGCCGAGCCAUUCCACCAUCUACGGCUGGAAUCACCGACACGGACCUUGAUCAUGGAGGCACCAAAAGGAAUUGAGAUAAAUGCAGAAGCCGGCGGUCUAGAAGCAUCUUGUAGAACAGAUUUACGGCUAGACUCCACAGACGGAGAGAUCCAGUUAAAAGCAGCUAACGUGAGGCUUCCACAUCUACCACGGGGCUCUUACUCUGCAUCAGCGCCGCGGCAAAACGUAUAUGAGAUCUGCGUGUGUGCCAGCGGAAAACUGUUUUUGUCUCAAGCGGGCAGUGAAUCCACCUGUCAGACAAAUAACAAUAUCUGUUUGUAAGAGACUGGCAAGCCAAGCUCCAAAGUCCCGGAGCAUGACUGUAUUCAGACACAGGAAGCCUCAGAAAAAAUAUGUGUGUGCGUGUGAAUAUAUACAAAUAUAUAUAUAGAUAUAUAUAUCUGUAAAUCUAUUAAUUACCCCAUAGAAGAGAUUGUUCAGUGCCAGAAGCUCAGGGUGACCAUCACUUGUCUUCCCUUGUGCCCAUUUCAAAGGGGACUGCUCAUAAAAUCAUAAGAAACCCUAAACUGCAAGGUCUAAAAUGACAUUGCCCAUAGUUACCGUAUAUGAUGUUUAAGGUUUUAUUUAUACAAUUAGCAGAUUUUCAAAGAGUAUAUACAGAGUCUGGAGUUUUAAGGGCUACUGAAGACUAGUACAAAAGUAGAGGUCACAUAGUGAAGCUUUAAGUAGUCCUGUAUCUAAAACACUUUCAAGGUUGGAAGGAGAAUGAUGUGGACAGCCUGUAGGCAACAUCAUACUUACCUUUAUA